GGAGCGGGACCGGGGCCAGCCGGGGGCGGGAGGGGGAGUCCCAGCGCCCCGUCAAGGCCGUUCGUGAGGCGAGGGGUGGAGGGGUCCCUGCCGUGCUCCGUUGGAACUCUGCGGGAAGGACCGGCCCCUGUCUGUACCCGGAGUUCCCUGCUGUGUCCCGGGGCAGGAGAGACUGGCUUCUCCGAGCCCCGGCGCCGCCCGGUCCCACCUGCCUCGUCCCGCAGCAGGGCGGCCAUGGCGAACCACCUCCGCUUCGUGGGCCGCACUGUGAUGGUGCAGAACGGAAACGUGGAGGCGGCGUACGGCGUCCUGAACAGGAUCCUGGCGCAGGACGGCGUGGCCGAGGCCGUGCGGCGCUCCCGGUACUACGAGAAGCCGUGCCGGGCGCGUCGGCGGCGCGCGUUCGAGGCGUGCCGGCGGGUGUACAGCGCCGAGAUGGCGCGCAGGAUCGCCUUCCUGGCGCGGAGCAGCCGGCAGGACCCCUGGCUGGGCUGCUGAGGGAGCCGGCCCCAAUAAAGACA